UGGUCCGGCGGCUUCUGGGAUCUGUCAUGUGUCCCAGGUACCGCCUUACCAUUCACAAAAAGCACUGCUUCUUGCGCAUGCGCACUUGGCACCCGGCUGUCAUGCCCAGCGCCCACACUACAGAAGCCGGGAAGACAGCGCGCCGCUGGAUAGAGGAACAGGUAAGGUCCCGCUGCAGAGCUGAGCGGCCGGCCCGGUCAAAUUCAGGUACCCGCUCCCCCCCCCCCCCCCCUCCCCAAAGGUCAGCAGUCCCUGGUCAUCUCCUGUACUCCGUGUCCGCAGUCCCUGUGUCAUCUCCUGUACUGUGUCCGCAGUCCCUGGUCAUCUCCUGUACUGUGUCCGCAGUCCCUGGUCAUCUCCUGUACUGUGUCCGCAGUCCCUGGUCAUCUCCUGUACUGUGUCCGCAGUCCCUGGGUCAUCUCCUGUACUGUGUCAGUCCCUGGUCAUCUCCUGUACUGUGUCCGCAGUCCCUGGUCAUCUCCUGUACUGUGUCCGCGCAGUCUCCCUGGUCAUCUCCUGUACUGUGUCUGCAGUCCCUGGUCAUCUCUGGUCAUCCCUGGUCAUCCCCUGUACUGUGUCCGCAGUCUCUGGUCAUCUCCUGUACUGUGUCCGCAGUCCCUGGUCAUCUCCUGUACUGUGUCCGCCCUGGUCAUACUGUACUGUGUCUGCAG